AUGGCAAUGAAAUUUGCCAUUUUACCUCGAGCCGUUCUCGGCACCUCUCACAGCAGUGACUCCAAGGAAAUAUCAGCAGCGGAAGAUGCCAACGCGUUUCCACUUCUUCGCCUACCACACCCCAGGACCGGCCAUCCUGCACUCUUUCUUCCGUAUGAGAGACAAGGUGUAACUGAAAAGGUGGUGGAAAUCUUGGAGAUUCACGCCGUGAAUCCGCCUGCAUCUCGGUCUUGGUUUGUGCAGGACCAUAUAGUCGAAGAUGGUAAACUUCUCCUUAUGACACCGAUCGACCCUCUUUUUCUGCUGCUACCCAUCUUUGACAUUGCCUCUGGCGACGAAGCAAAAAAGUUUCGUACCUAUGAUGAUUUCUUGAGCGUCGCAUCACAGCACUUUGAGCAGAAAAGUCACCAAGAGGGCGCCACGGUGCUCAGCCUCGACAUUCUCAACUUGGGUUCUCUUGCAUGCACGUUUACUGCAAUUGCCCGAAUUUGUGAAACUCAGACCCUCGACGAUUCCAUCACACUCUACCGAUUCUCUCGACAAAAACUCGUCCAGCAACUUCGAGAGAAGGCAUCGAGGCUGGCUGCGUCGAACAUACAGUCCACCGUGCAAACAAUCCACCGUGCAUUGGCCAAGGACGGGCUAGGUGCUGAUGAUGAAGCAGAUGAAAAGUUGAAAGAAGCGGGCAGACUGAAAAUGGCCUGCGAGAUCCUCUCCCAAUAUCUUCCUCCCGCAAUCUAUCAAGAAUUGCUACAGAGCUACGAUUUCACGAGCCUUGACGCCUACACGCGCACCAUUCGUGCAAGCGACACCCAAACAACCAGCAGUGACGCGAAGCAAUCAUCCAACACAGAGGGAGCGACAAACUCCAAGAAGCGAAAAGCCGACACUCAGGUCUCAAAGGGAGCCCAGAAACUACAAAAGACUGACACUUCAAAAAUGCCCAAACUCACGUCCUUUUUUACCAAGAAACCUGCAACCUCCAAAUAA